AUUCCCCCAGUCGAAAAAGAAGCCUAUUACCAUGGACUGCUGACCCGAGAAGAUGUCUUCCAGCUCCUUGAGAAAAACGGUGACUACGUGGUCAGAAUUUAGGAGCCGAAGCCCGGCGAGCCCCGCUCCUAUAUUCUAAGUGUCAUGUUCAACAACAAACUCGAUGAACUUAGUUCGGUGAAACAUUUUAUCAUCAACGUCGCUCAGGGCAAAUAUUUUGUGAACAACAAUGUGUCCUUCAACACGAUUCAACAAAUGCUCAGUCACUACGAGAAGUCACAGAUGGAGGUUCACGACGCGUGCAAGAUUGUGCGUGCCGUGCGCAAACAAUUCUGGGAGCUGGAACAUGAUAACAUUUUGAUUAAGAAGAAAUUGGGCGAAGGUGCUUUUGGAGAGGUUUCCGCAGGAAUUUUGAAGUUUAAGAAGGGUGGGAAGCUGGUGCCGGUUGCUGUCAAGCAGGCGAAACUCGACAAAAUGUGAAAAGAACAAAUCAAGGAUUUCAUGCUGGAAGCCCGGACCAUGAGAAAACUCGGCCACCAACACGUCGUGAGAUACUACGGAGUCGCUGUGCUGCAGGAGCCGAUUUAUCUGGUGAUGGAGCUCGCAUCGGAUGGUGCUUUGGACGCGUAUUUGAAAAAGAAUGAGCUUCUGCCGAUCGACAAGCGAAAUGAAAUGCUUCUUCAAGCGGCAUGGGGCCUUGAGUAUAUUCAUGCAAAGCCCAUGCUCCAUCGGGAUAUUGCCGCGCGAAAUUGCCUCUACGGAGACGGGAAGGUUAAAAUCUCGGAUUUCGGCUUAACCCGUGAUGGAACAAUUUACCAAAUUAAACCAAACACGAAAGCUCCUAUCCGAUGGCUGGCAGUUGAAGCCAUGAAAUCCAUGGUUUACUCCCAAAAGUCCGACGUCUGGGCUUACGGGAUUCUUUGCUGGGAGAUCUUCAACAACGCAGCCGAGACGUAUCCGGGUUUGACUACCGCCGAGGUUGCUCAGCAGGUACCGGAUGGGUACCGAAUGCCUCCACAUCCGUUGGCCCCGCCAGAGAUUCAAACGUUGAUGACGAGAUGCUGUGCGGAGAAUUCCAACGAUCGUCCAACAAUGGCGGAAAUCGCACAAAUCUUGCAACGCGUCACUGGUCAGCCGCGUCCAAACUUUUUGGCAAUCGCCAAGAAGGAAGCUGAAGAGCUUCUCCUCAUGAAUUCCGGAAUUACAAAGACUACUGUACGGCGUAAGAAGUCCGCGGUUCCAAAGGGAUUGUGA